AUGCAUCCAUUCAUCCAUACAUCAGACCAGCAGCGGUCCCGGUUCGGUCCCGUUGUAGUAGUGGGGGAGCGGGACGCUGGCGCUGUGCUGGAACACGCCGUGACACCAUCCAACGGCCAACAGAGGCCAUCGUGGCCGGCAGCCACUGUGGUAUCGAUCCGGGUCAGGCGGUCGGAGGCUGAGGGCGAGAGGCCGAAGAUUCGGCCGAAGCUGGGCGGGCAUCCAUGUUCUGUCACUCACGGGGAGUCGGUUGGGAGCGACUGCGGCGGCUAUUGGCUUCGAGCGCGCAGCCGCAGUCCGAACACGCCUGAGGGCUGCAUCUUCGUUGGUUCCAUCUUUGUGUGUCUUGACCAGCCGCGGCCGUCAGCGGCGGAUGAUAUCAACAUUGUGGAGUUUGACCGGGGAGGAAGCCGUCGAGAGCUGGGGCCAAGCACCCAAGUUGGUCGUCUUGGGGCGAAGUUGAGACGGACCGGGCCAUCAUCGCCAGCGCCCCUGGCACGAUGCAACCUCAUGAUGCCCUCCGGUGUUGCUGCCAGAGCCCAGAUAGGAAAGCAGGGGGCUCCGAACUGGAAACGAGCCGCGCAAACGCCGCGGCCACCAGACGGUCGUCGGUGGGGCGAGCGAUGGCUGAGAGAGUCUCAACCAACAGACUGA